CGCUUAUUCUUCCUUUGUUUUUCCGCGCUGCGUUGUAACCUUGGGACUGAGAGGAGCACCCACGAGGGGCAGUGGGUGGAGUAUCAGCUAGUGUUAAUCGUUAUAAUAACAAGAUCUAUCCCCAUAGAUGGCGAUGCUCGUCAAUGCGUCAGCCUUAUUUCCAACUUUUGCUGUACCAUUCCUUGAAUGUAGACUUUUUACUGACCCUAACCAUGCACAUGCGGUGAAAUAUCCUCUCUCUCUCUCUCUUCAUUCCCUGUCAAUGAAGUCCCAAACGCCUCCAGUUACUUCAUAACAUUCUCAUUCGAAAAUGCCGAAUGCAGACGCUCACACCGACGGGGCGCCCGUCGGAGUAUCAUAUUUGGCCGGGUUUAUCUUUCUUUCUUAUGUGGUGAGCAUGAUGGGAUGUACUACUACCCUGGAACUUCUCCACCGAAGGACGGCGAGAGCCGGUUUGUAUAAUUGGUAUCUAUUACUUACCUCUUCAGUAGCCAUGGGAGGCGUUGGUAUCUGGUGUAUGCAUUUCAUUGGGAACCGAGCGAUCGUUCUUGGUUCCGGUCAAAAUGAUAUUCAAAUCCUCUACAGCAUGACUUUCACAGGCGUCUCAUUUGUGUUACCAGUGGCUGUCCUCCUUGUCGCCUUUUAUGCCAUCGGGGCAAGUGAGAAAGCGGGUUAUCUCCGGAUUAUGGUGGGAGGCUUGCUGACCGGUUCCUCGGUCUGUGGUAUGCAUUACGUUGGCCAACUAGGCAUUGCAAACUAUCAAUGCUCCUACCGGGCUGCUAAUGUCGCUGGUUCGGCCGUCAUUGCAGUCUUCGCUAGUACCACCGCUUUGAGCAUCUUUUUCCGCUGGAGAGCCACUUGGACAGACAGUUGGUGGAGGCGAGGUGUCUGUGGCUGCUUGCUUGCUGCAGCCGUUUCUGGUAUGCACUGGACGGCCGCAGGGGGAACAUCAUACCGGAAUUUUGAUCGGUCUGUCAGGAAGGGAGGCCAGCUUUCCCGAACUCAAACCGUAAUCAUCUGUGCUGUCUUGGCAUGCGCAGCUUGCGGUGUAUUAUCAGCAUGUGCUAUAGUUGCUGGUGGGAGCCGUAGGAAGCUAAGAGCGCAAGCCCAGCAGCUGGUCCUGACCUGUACUUUCUUUGACCCGGAAGGUCGGAUCAUGGUUACACCACAUGCAUUGCUUCCAAGCCGGAAGAUUGUUGAUCGGUACAUUGGAAGGACAUUCAGUGACGAUGACCUUACGCGAACGCACCCGGCCUUCCUUUGGGCUGUUCGAGCGAGUAGGAACUGGAAACUCGUGAGGGAUGUUGUGCCUCUCAUGAGGGCCCGGAUACAAUCUGACGAGCUCACGAUGGAACAAUAUGUCUCCAAGGGAACUGUGUCGGACCAAGAUGCUGAAUUGCAACCACACUUCGAUGAUCUGUUCAAGCGUCAUUUUUGUGUGACUGCUCAAGAUCUCGCCGAUGAAGUUCGACAGCCGUUACAGGAUAUGGGAAUGUUAUACGACCACGUAUUGGCGACCGCCACCCCAUCUUCGCGUUUCUCUCGUGCGAUGGGGUACUCUAGGAUACGCAUGGGGAAAGGCCAGCUCUUGUUCACAGUGCGACAACUGAAGAAGCAAGAAGCCAGCCGUAUGGCUGCAGCAGGUUUUCGAUUCACAACCAUCGAAAAUGUUACAACGAUCUUGUCCCGCCGUAUUCACGUUCCUGCCACGAGUCUGGGAGCCCAUCUGAAAGACAUGCGAGAUUACGCCUCCUCACAUCGUAUAUUCGAACCAGGAGUUCAUCUUAUCUCGUUCAUUAUGCGCCCUACGAUCCAUGACCACUUUGAAGUGUUAACUUCCAAAGGUGUCGGCAACCCCUUACCAUCAUCGACUCUAUCGACGAAGCGUCUCCAAAUUAAACAUUUAGAGAUGAUAGCACACAUGGAAGGUUGGACCAUGUCAACCUGCCUGAAUUGGCUCAAAUCAGACCAUGCACGAGCCUACAAGGAUGUCGGCGAAUUCCGCGAGCAAUUGAUAAAUGCGAUCACGGCACUAUCCUCUUCCCUCCCACCAGACGUGAAUCUAGCAUCCAAGUUCUCUGCACGCCCUCUCAUCGCCCCCUCUCGUACGAACACGAUCUCAGAUGGCCAGAACUGCAUCCUUCUGCCCUUCUGCGUGGUAGGGUCCCUAGACACGCAAGUUUCCAACCCAGACUUCACCUUCACCCCUCUCCGUCUAUUCCGCGUGCAGCAACAAACAAACGAUAGCCUCAGCGAAAGUGACGGCUUCGCUAAAGAACUCAGCCAAGAGCUUCUAUAUUCAAAGAUCCAUCCAACCUCAUCUACCAACUCCGACAUCACCGACUCCAUUCGCUCCAAACUCCGCUUCUGGAAUCCUCGCAAACAGCUCGACUCGACGAUGAAAACCGCUUCGCAGGAGUCUCUCGCCGAGAAUCUCGCUCCAGAGAUCAUGGUCCGUAGAGAGGUCAAGGUGGAUGUUGCUAAGUUGGCCGAGCCGACCUUCGAACCCACUUUGGGAAGACAUGCUUCGCAGACGACUGUGGUUGCCGGUGAAAUGGCUUUCAACACGUACGUCGACGAACUGUACAACCUCUGUUACUCACCCGGUGUACGACUACGACCAGAUCCGGGAUUCCACCAGAUGUCCGUACGCUGAGACAAACGGAAGCAUACCCAUAAGUCACACCUAAGAACAAUCGUUCCCUAAUGUUUGGAGUUAACAAUCUAAUCUUCUCCCUGGUGGGCCCGCUACAGCAACACUUAGAGUGCAUCCAAGUCGAACAGAGAUCAAAACGGGAGAAUAUCCCUGGAGCCUGAACCAGGGCUCGGG